AUGGUGCGCCUCAGGGAGAUUCCCCGAACGGCCACGUUCGCCUGGUCUCCCGGUGCCCAGGCGCCCCUGUUAGCGACUGGAACAAGGGCUGGUGCCGUGGAUUUUGAUUUUUCCAAUGAGACCAGCUUGGAAUUGUGGGAUCUCGGACUCGAUAGGGAGAAUGUCGGGGAAUUGCAGCCUCUAGUCAAGGUCGGCACGGAGUCGGGUUUCCAUGAUCUCGCCUGGAGCGAUCAUUACGAUAACAAGCGGGGAAUCGUCGCCGGAGCGCUCGAUAACGGAUCUCUCAAACUCUGGGAUGCCGACAGACUUUUGAAUGGAACAAGAAGCGAUGCAUUGGUAGCGUCACCACAGAAGCACAACGGUGCCAUCAAAGCAUUACAGUUCAACCCAAAACACUCGAACCUCCUUGCUACCGGUGGCAUGAAAGGAGAGCUCUUCGUCACGGACUUGAACAACGUCGAGAACCCAUUCCGUCUGGGAAACGCCGCUCGUGCCGACGACAUCGAAUGCUUGGACUGGAAUAAAAAGGUUGCGCAUAUUUUGGUGACAGGUACCAGCGGUGGUUUUGUCACCGUCUGGGAUGUGAAGACAAAGAAAGAGAGUCUUACCCUUACCAACUACAACCGAAAGCCCGUCAGCGCUGUAUCUUGGGACCCCGAAAAGCCAACGAAAUUGGUUACAUCCACCCCCUCGGAAUCAGAUCCAGUUAUCCUUGUUUGGGACUUGCGAAACUCUCAUGCGCCUGAACGGAUCCUCAAAGGCCACGAAGACGGAAUUCUAUCACUCUCAUGGUGUGCCCAAGAUCCAGAACUCCUUUUGUCAUCGGGCAAGGACAACCGAACAAUCUGCUGGAACCCUCAGACGGGUGAGAAGUACGGAGAGUUGCCAAUCGUCACGAACUGGACUUUCCAAACACGAUGGAACCCACAUAACCCCAACUUCUUUGCUACUGCCUCCUUUGAUGGCAAGAUCACCGUCCAGACACUUCAGAAUACGAGUAAGGAGGCUGCUCAGGCCGCAGCUACCCAGAACCAAUCCUUGGACGGAGAAGAUUUCUUUGCUCGCGCACAGAACCAACCUCAGGCUACCACAUUCUCCCUAUCGAAAACCCCCAAGUGGCUGGAGAGGCCCAUUUCAGCAUCUUUCGGGUUCGGUGGAAGAGUCGUCUCUGUGGGUCUGACUGAUAGCACUAGCCGUACCUCCAAAGUCAGAAUCACACCCUUCCAGGUUGACACCACCGUUGGUACCGCUGCGGAAAGCUUUGAAGCAGCUUUGAAAGAAGGCAACCUCAAGAACAUCUGUCAAUCGCACAUCGAAAGUGCAGCGACCGAAGAGGAGAAAGCCGACUGGAAGGUCAUCGAGAACCUGCUCUCGGAAAACCCACGCAAGAAUAUUGCAGCCUACCUUGGGUUUUCUGAUGAUGCUAAUGAUGUCGCGGAAGAAGUGGGCAAGUUGGAUAUCAAGGAUGAGACAAAUGGCGAACUUUCACCGGCGUCAGCUGAAACAAAGAAAAAACAUAAACGUCUUCAGUCCAUCUUUGAUACGUCCGGAGAAUCUGAUAAUUUCUUGACUGAUUUGGCUGCUUCCAAGGGCGCGCGGACCAACAACCCAUUCAGUAUCUACAGCGGGAGCGAGUCCGAAGCUGACAAGUCAAUCACAAAAGCACUUUUCUUGGGACAAUUCGAGCGCGCUCUUGAUAUUGCUCUUCAGGAGGAUCGUUUGUCAGAUGCUUUUAUGAUUGCUGUUUGCGGUGGAGAUAAAUGUGUUGAAAAGGUGCAGGAAGUUUACUUCUCGAAACAGACUGGAGGGCCCAACUACGUCCGUUUGUUGGCCUCGAUCGUGGGCAAGAACUUGUGGGAUGUUGUUCAUAAUGCGGAUCUUUCCAACUGGAAAGAGAUCAUGGCAACAUUGUGCACUUUUGCGGAUGAGAAGGAAUUCCCUGACCUUUGUGAAGCCCUCGGUGACCGACUAGAGGAGCAGGCUCAGGCCGACUCCGAUAAGAGCAGUCGUAAAGAUGCUUCCUUCUGCUAUUUGGCAGGAUCGAAGUUGGAGAAAGUGGUGACUAUCUGGCUCGAGGAGUUCAAGGAAGGUGAAAAGGCAGGUAUUGAUGAAGCUCAGGAAGGAUCUAGUUUCUCCGUGCAUGUCCGUGCCUUGCAAGCAUUUAUCGAGAAAGUCACUAUUUUCCGCCAAGUGACAAACUACCAGGAUGCUGACCGCCAGAAGGAUGCUGACUGGAAGUUGAGUGUUCUUUACGACAAGUAUAUUGAGUAUGCCGACGUUGCUGCUUCCCAUGGUCGUCUUGACGUCGCAGAGCGGUAUCUUGGACUUGUCCCGGACAAAUACGACGAAGCCGAGGCUGCCAGGAGCCGUAUCAGACUGGCUACACGGAAAGCUCCAGCUGUUGCUUCCAAGGCAACCAAGGCUACUGCUCAGAUCCCGCAAGCACGAACAAGCUCUCUCCCGCAGCCCAACAUCUACCAACCACCUCAACCAACCUUUAGCCCAGCGCCAGCUGUCAGCAACCCAUAUGCCCCUACAAACACUCCACCCCCUGUUGCACCCGCUAACCAAUCCAAUCCUUAUGCUUCAUUUGGAGCUAAUCCUUAUCAGCCAUCUGGUGUUUAUCAAUCCGUUGAAGCUGCAAAACCACCCAUUGCACCUCCGCCACAACAAUAUGGUGUUCCGCCCCCUGGACCAGGAAGAGUGCCACCACCUCCCAGGGGAUAUAACCAGUCUCCUUCUGGAGCUCAAGUCUCUACUUACACGACCAGAACCGACCUCCCCGCCUGGAACGAUCUGCCCGAAGGAUUUGGGGCACCGAAGCCAACGUCGCGACGCGGUACACCAGCUGCAGUCGCCGCUCCUUUCCCUGGUCAACAGCCAUCAAUUGUAUCUCCAGGUUCCCCACCGGUUGGUCCUUCUGUAGGCGGACAAAGAGGACCUCCACCUCCACCACCACCAAAGGGCGUUGCGCCCCCUCCUCGUAUCACGUCACCUCCAGUUGGCCCUCCCAGAGCAUCCUCAGUGUCUUCCAACCCACCAACGCCAUUCAAUGCAUAUGCUCCUCCAGCGACAACACAAUCGCCGCCUACAGUUCCUGGAUUAGCCAUGCCUCCACCUAUUCCACGAGGCCCAUCACCUUACAAUGCACCUCCUUCUGGCCCCCCACCAACCAACCGCUAUGCUCCUAGUCCUGCUGCCCAAGCUGCGCCGCAAACGAGACCUCCACCCAGCGGUCCAUAUGCACCACCACAACAAGCCGCUGCUCCAAGCCCAUAUGCGCCAGCCGCUGGGGCUCCUGCACAAGCCGGACCACCACCGACAGGGCCCGCUGCUGGACCACCAGCCGCUGGAUCGCGACCAGGAACUGCACAGUCACAAACUCAAAAGAAGGCAGCACCACCUCCACCCAAAUACCCCCCCGGUGAUCGAUCUCACAUCCCCUCUAAUUCCGCUCCCAUCUACGAGAUUCUCUCCAACGACAUGCAGCGCGUGAAAUCACGAGCUCCAGCAUCCUUCAAAGCCCAGGUUGACGACGCCGAACGAAGACUAAACAUUCUCUUCGACCAUCUCAACAACGAGGAUCUCCUCAAGCCCAACACAAUUGCGGAUAUGGUCGAGUUGUCCAAGGCGAUACAAGGUCGGGACUAUGAGACUGCGAAAAACAUCCAUCUUGACAUUUUGACGAACCGGACUGAUGAAUGUGGUAACUGGAUGGUCGGCGUAAAACGCUUGAUCAGCAUGAGCCGAGCAACUCCCUAG